CUUUCUGCCCGGGUCGCGGGGCUUGCAUUUGGCUCUCUCUGCAAGCGCUGCUUCGGGGCGCCUCCCGGGACCUGGUGAGCUUCCUCUCUCUUCCCCCUCGGGGUGCCUUGGGGAGAGGGGGGUCCCAGGGCUGCAGGGGGGUGUGCAUGGGGGGGGCGUGCUCAGCUCAUGCAGGGGGGGUGGGGAGGACCCCCAAGGCAGGGAGAAGACGUCCCUUCCCCCUCCCUCUGCAAAGCCCGGAGGAGUUUGCCGGAGGUCUGCAACUCUGCUCUUCCUUGCCGUCUUGGGGAGGGGUCUUUGGGUCACGGGGAAAGUGGCACGCAGAUAAACCCCCUUCAGGCGGAUGGAAAAAGUCGCCUUUAUUAUUAACCGGGGUUGUAGCCGGACGGAAACAUUGGGACAUAAAACCUAUGCAGAAAAUAAUAAAAAAAGAAAACCUGACCUAAUGCAGAAAGAAAGACUGUUGGAAGACGGAGGGCAGAGGAAAGAAAAAGGCUUAUUCGUUGGCUAUUUCGCAGAUUAGUUAGGCUGCAGAAGGCGGGCUGGGGAGACCACACAUUCAAGAAACUCAAAAGUAACUUUUGCUUGGUUUAAUAGCAAAUAACAAAAAAUCCUUUUACACUAAAUUUCAUUAUAUCAAUAAGUGUGACCCAUCCACCAGGGUACUGAGAGAGACACAUGCUGCUCAUUAUAUACUAUACCCAAAAGCUUACCGUAAUUAACAUAACUUAACAGCACCUGCUAUCCUGCUUCACAGCUGUAGUAGUAGUAGUAAUUAAUAAUAACAACAACAACAACAACAACAAUAAUAAUAAUAAUAAUAUAUUUAUACCCCGCCCAUCUGGCUGGGUUUCCCCAGCCACUCUGGGCGGCUCCCAAGCGAGUGUUAAAAACAAUACAACAUUAAAUAUUAAAAAUUUCCCUAAGCAGGGCUGCCUUCAGAUGUCUUCUAAAAGUCUGGUAGUUGUUCUCUUUGACAUCUGAUGGGAGGGCGUUCCACAGGGCGGGUGCCACCACCAAGAAGGCCCUCUGCCUAGUUUCCUGUAACUUGGCUUCUCGCCGUGAGGGAACCGCCAGAAGGCCCUUGGAGCUGGACCUCAGUGUCCAGGCAGAACGAUGGGGGUGGAGACGCUCCUUCAGGGAUACUGGACUGAGGCUGUAAAACUAGGUCAUGUUAUUUGCUCUGGCCCUUAAAGACAUACGCAUCUUGUGAAACAACAAUGAAACCUAAAAUUUAAAGAAACCAUUCAACAGUUGUAGCUGGACGGAAACAUUCGGACAUAAAAUGUAUGCAGAAAAUAAUAAAAAAAGAAAACCUGACCUAAUGCAGAAAGAAAGACUGUUGGAAGACGGAGGGCAGAGGAAAGAAAAAGGCUUAUUCGUGUGGUGCAGAGUUAAACCUCCCUCCCGCAGGAGGCAGGGAUGGCCACCAAAGCAGAUGGCUUCCAAAGGAGUUGGGGGCCAAUGCAUGGAGGAGGAGAGGGCGAUGGGGGGCUCCUAGCCAGGAGGGCCAUGUCUGUCUUCUUGUAGUCAGAGGCAGCCACGUUUCUGAAUCCCAGUUGCUGGAAAAACACAGGCAGGGGAAGAGUUGCUGCUGGGCUCAGAUCCUGCUUGUGACUUCCCAGAAGGGGCCCCCGCUCGGCCCCUGUGGGAACAGGAGGGGGGACUCAAUAGGGGACCCCUAUGGCCUGAUCCUGCAGGACUUGUCUUCUGUUCAGAUGCUGAGUUCCUCUGGAUGCAAGCGAACCCUCCCUUGUCCUUCAGUUAGAAGGAAAGCUUUCCCCACCACCCAUUCAUCAGGCAGGACAGGGGCAUAAUCUAGACUCCUGGCUGACCCAGGUGCGCCCGUUCAGACAUGCAGCCUCUCAGGUGUCCAGGGGAUCCUCUGAGACUGAACCUGCUGAGAAGCCCAAGGAAUUAAAGGCAGGGAAGGCCCUGCUGGGAAGGAAGCAAACUUGGGGUGGGGGUGAAAGUGGCAGCCUCCCCCCAUUGCUGAGAGUUACUGGGAGACUCUCUCCCACCAGCUAUAGUUCCUGAGUUCUCUGGCAAAAGUGACAGAUUGUUAAACCACUCUAGGAGGGUGUCUUCUAGCGGCUCCCAGCAUCCUUCACAAACUACAGUCCCCAGGAUUUUUGGAAGAAGCUUUGGCUCUCUAAAAGUGGGGGGGUCCUGCUUUGCAGAUACAUGGCAGAUGGGCCCCAGGUGUGUGUGUGUGUGUGUGUGUGUGUGUGUGUUUCUUUCUUUUUGGAAUAACUUUUUAUUGGGUUUUAUUUAAAAAAAAGGAUCAUAAGAAAAAGGGGGAACAGGAUAGAGCAGGACCACUCUAAUUUCCUAAUUUCACGGCAUUAAAACCCAAUCUUAAAACCAGUUCAGAACCACUUACAACCACAGAAAUGAGGUAACUCCUACUUGCUUUUGAGCGCUGUCCUGUGGCCCCACCCACAUGCCCUUUGGCCUCACCCAUUUGGCUCUCAGGGGGUUGGCCAGAUAAAUAUCUGGCCCUCAGAAUAAAAAACAAAAAGGCACUUCACUCCAGUAGUAUGCUUGCAGAUUUCAAGGGCUAGAAAUGAGGCUGAAGCAGGAAAGAAAUUUGCACUGAAGUGGGGGUGGGAGGGAGAGCAACCCUAGAGGACCCCAGAGUUAGGAAACCCCACUCUAGCCUGGUGUCCACAUUACACUCGGUACAAAUGACUCACUUGCCAAUCACACCUCUGACUUCAUUUGCUGACGGGAGACACUGAAAUGGAGGAGCAACCAGUCGGAUUCAUCUCACAGAAAUCCCUUCAGUUGCCUGCACCUUUUGCGUAGUAACUUUCCUUUUAGGAGGGUUAGAGGAUUCCUUUUUCUUUCUCGUUGUUUGUUCCUUAAAGAAAGCUCAGAGUCUGGGCUGUCCAGUCCUGGUUCCUAGCAAGACUCAACCACGCUUGCUCAGGGAACCUUUUUCUUCUCUUGACCGUGUAUGAAUAUUAUAACAGAACAAAGUAUUUGCUUUGGUAGCACCUCUCAUUAGGACAGACAACCUGGCAGAAGAAAAAAAGGAUUCCUUCUGAUUUCUUGGAGGCUUCCUGAGAGCCCAGAUGGAUGAGCAAGACUCAGCUGGCCCAGAAGCAGGAAAGGGCCAUGUCAUCAACACCGAGAGCAGUGGGAGAGUCUGGGAAAGCUCAGUGCAGAAGAUCCUGGUUAAGGAGGACACCUUCAGCUCAGAUGCGCAGAGACAAAAGUUCAGGCAAUUCUGCUUCCAGGAGGCCGAAGGACCCUCAGAGGCUUGCAGCCAACUCUACCACCUUUGCUAUCAGUGGCUGAAGCCAGAAAGUCACACGAAAGCUCAGAUGCUGGACCUGGUGGUCUUGGAGCAGUUCCUGGCUGUCCUUCCACUGGAGAUGGAGAACUGGGUGAGGGAAUGUGGAGCAGAGACCAGUUCCCAGGCGGUGGCUCUUGCUGAAGGAUUCCUCCUGCGUCAGGGAAUGGAGAGGAAGCAGGCAGAGCAGCAGGUGAGAGAGACUCUGGAUGCUCUCAAGGGGCUGAGAACAUGAGGGAGAGUAUCCCCAAAUUCCCUCAUUGGACCAUCAGUUUUUGGAAAGCAUCCAAGGAAUGAAACCGGAUACCGCUAAAGUUUUUUCAUCGGCCAUUCCUUGUCUAAUCUUUCUCCCCAUUCUCAGUUUUGAAUCCUUGUUGCUCUUUCAGGGAAAGAUUAUCUUUGCAGAAAUGGGCCCUGAUUCCCCUGAAGCAGAGAAGACUCCCCUGGACACCAGAGAGAGGCCACCAGGUAAGAAGGAAUGAGGUUUUUUUCUGUUUGGUUGCAUUCUGUGGAUUUAGAAACUGAUUUGUGGGUUCUUUCCAUCUUUUGGGGGAGGACACUUGGGGCCAAGAGCCCAAAGUGGGGGAGGUGUAUUUUUACAUAGCUAAAAUACAAGUGUCAAAAUGCACUCAGUAGAUAAGGCUUUUUCUAAGGCCCACCUGUAGUUGGUGGUGCACUACUUCACUUCUAGAAGCACACACUCAUGGCUUCCUUCUUACCUUUUUCUCUUGCAGGGGACAGAACGUUGCCGACCAAAGCUUCUCCUCCAUCUUUCCAGGGUGGUGAAGGGGAAGAAGAGGCUGUGGAACCAGAUCAGGCAGGUGGAAGGAGCCUUGCGGGGAAGGAAGCCAAGGAGUGGGGGAAGCAGAGGUGGCUCUAGGCCCAAACACAUUUCUCUCUUCCCCUUGGCUUCUGUCAACACUGCCCUGAACAUGCCGGUCAAGGUUUAUGUGCUGAGAACAAUGAACAGCUCCCUCACCUUCACUAGGCUUCUGAAUGUUGCUAGUAUUAUUUAUCCCUAGUUCAGUUUUAUUUCUAUACCGGUUGUUGAAUGCUAAAAUAAGCUCUUAAGCACAGUUCACAAACUGUACAAAACAGUGGCCGGGAUUCACCUAAGCAACCCCAUCAGUACAAUACAAAUACAGUGGUACCUUGGUUCUCAAACUUAAUCCCUUCUGGGAGUCCGUUCGACUCCCGGAACUGUUCGAAAACCAAGACUCGGCUUCCGAUUGGCUGCAGUAGCUUCCUGCACUCAGUCGGAAGCCGCGUCAGACGUUCAGCUCCCGAAAAAUGUUCACGAACCGGAACACUCGCUUCCGGGUUUGCAGCGUUUGGGAGCCGAUUUGUUCGGGAGCAAAGCCGUUCGAGUACCAAGGUACCAUUCCAUUAAGGCAUUAAAAUAAGCAUCCAUACUUAAAAUGUAGCAAACCAAUCUUAUUAAAACAAGAUGCCAAGGAACAAGCGGAAAACAACAGAGCAAUGUGUAGUAGAUAGUCUGUAUGUUUUCUAAGAAGUGGACCUUUCCCUUUUUAUUUUAGGGUCCGGGGUGCUUUGAAGAUGUAGCUGUUUGUUUCAUAGACGAGGAGGGGGUGUUGCUGGAUCCUGACCAGAGAGCUCUGCAUAAGGAAGUCAUGGAGGAGAAUGGUGGGAGAAUGGACUCUCUCGGUGAGGCUCCCUGUUCGAGCAUGAUAUCUGUUUUGAAAUGUAAUACGUAUCUCUAUAUCAGCCUUUCUCAACCUGUGGGUCCCCAGAUGAUGUUGGACUACAACUCCCAUCACCCCUAGCUAGCCAGGCCAGAGCUCAGGGAUGGUGGGAGUUGUAGUCCAACAACAUCUGGGGACCUACAGGUGGAGAACCACUGCUCUAUAUGACAAACCUCUAGUAUUUUGAAGGAGCUCAAGAGUCCUACCAAAACAUCUGUGAUUCUGACGCUCCCACAGCUCACCUUGAAUGAUUUGUGUGCAAAUAUUCUUCCUCCAGCUGUGCCUUUUAAAACCAGGAACAGGCUGGUCUGAACUGCCCACACCUUUCAAAACGGGUAGGCAACCUAAGGCCCGGGGGCCAGAUGUGGCCCAAUCACCUUCUCAAUCUGGCCCACGGACGGUCCAGGAAUCAGCGUGUUUUUACAUGAGUAGAAUGUGUUUAACAGACUACUGUAUUUUAAUACUUUGUUGGAAGCUGCCCAGAGUGGCUGGGGAAACCCAGCCAGAUGGGCAGGGUAUAAAUAAAUUAAUAAUAAUAAUAAUAAUUUAAAAUGCAUCUCUGGGUUAUUUGUGGGUCAUAGGAAUUCAUUCAUUCCCCCCCCCCAAAUAUAGUCUGGCCCACCACAUGGUCUGAGGGACGGUGGACCGGCCCAUGGCUUAAAAAUGUUGCUGAUCACUGUUUUAAAAGAUAGGCUUCAGAGUUAGGGAACGUGCAGUAACUUUUGGGGGGGGAUUAUUUUUGCUUCUGUCCAUUUUCGGUUAACCUUGGAGAUGGUCAGUCAACCGAAAAUAGACAGAAGCAAAAACAAACAAAAAACAGAAGUCCGACUAGCAGAUAAACAUCUAUACAGUCGUACCUUGGAAGUUGAAUGGAAUCCAUUCCGGAAAUCCGUUUGACUUCCAAAACGUUUGGAAACCAAAGCACCACUUCAGAUUGACUGCAGGAAGCUCCUGCAGCCAAUCGGAAGUGGUGGAAGCCCCAGUGGAUGUUCGGGUUCCAAAGAAUGUUCGCAAACCGGAACGCUCACUUUCCAGGUAUCUGGCAUUUGGGAGUCAAAAUGUCUGAGUACCAAGGUGUUUGGGAUCCAAGGUACUACUGUAUACCUGUACACCAGGUAGCCAAAUUUGCACUGGCAGCCAAGAAUCUCCGUUCCAGCUGUAUGAAUGCACUCCCAAUUUUAAAACCUAAUAUUGUAAAUUUAUUUUUAUAUUGUAAACUGCUAACUGAUUUCAGAUCACAAGCAUUCAUGAGAAUUGUUCAAUUAUUUGGGACUCCAUUUCUUCCCGAGGCUCUAAUCUAACCUAGUGGUCCCGGGCCCUAAGGAAGUUAGAUUGGCUUCAACCAGAGCCAGGGCCUUUUCAACACUGGCUCCGGCCUGGUGGAACGCUCUGCCUCAUGAGACCAGGGCCCUGCAGGAUCUGAUUUCUUUCCGCAGGGCCUGUAAGACAGAGUUGUUCCGCCUGGCCUUUGGCUUGGAGCCAAUUUGAUUCCCUCCCUCUCUUUCUUUUUUCUUUUCCUUCUCCUCCUGCGAUGAGGCAUUUUAAUGAGGCAUUUUAAUAUUUUAAUGUUUCAAUAUUUUAAUGUUGUAUUUUAAUUUUGUUUUAAGUUGUAAUCGUUCAACUUGUUUUUAUUAUUGCUUAUUAGCCACCCUGAGCCCGGCCUUGGCUGGGGAGGGUGGGGUAUUAAAAAAAAAUUAUUAUUAUUAUAAUCCAUUUCUCUUUUUGUUGCAGGUGGCGACAAUUUGGAAAUUAAGAACGAGGGAGACCACGACAAAAUCCCCACAGUGGAGAAGUCAUAUGAAAAUUCAGAGUGUGGAGAGAACUUCAGUCAGAGCUCCCAUGCCACUUCCGAUCAAAGAAAUAUCACUGGGAAGAAACCUUAUCAGUGCCUGGAAUGUGGAAAGAUCCUCAGUCGGAAGGAAAUUCUCACAUCCCAUCAAAGAAUCCAUACAGGGGAGAAGCCAUAUAAGUGCUUGGAAUGUGGAAAGAGCUUCAGCCACAGAGCCAACCUCACAGCCCAUCGAAGAAUUCAUAUAGGGGAGAAACUAUAUUUGUGCUUGGAAUGUGGAAUGAGUUUCAAACGGAAGGAGAGUCUCACUUCCCAUCAAAGAAUUCACACAGGGGAGAAACCCUAUCAGUGCUUGGAAUGCGGAAAGAGCUUCACUCGGAGGGAUAGUCUCACUUCACAUCAAAGAGUUCAUACAGGAGCAAAACCGUAUCCGUGCUUGGAAUGUGGAAAGAGCUUCAGUCGGAAGGAUAGCUUGACUUCCCAUCAAAGAAUUCAUACGGGGGAGAAACCAUAUCAGUGUUUGGAAUGUGGAAAGAGCUUCGCUCAGAGUACCCACCUCAUUUCCCAUCAUAGAACUCACAGCGGGAUGAAACCGUAUCAGUGCUCAGAAUGUGGAAAGAGCUUCAGUCAGAGCGCCCAUCUCACUUCCCAUCAGAUAACUCACAGUGGAAAGAAACCCUAUCAGUGCAUGGAAUGUGGAAAGAGCUUCGGUUGGAAAGAAAGCCUCACUUCCCAUCAAAAAAUACAUGCACGGAAGAAGCCGUUUCGGUGCUCGGAAUGUGGAAAGAGCUUCACCCAGAAGCAAAAUCUCACAGCCCAUCAAAAAACUCAUACGGGGGAGAAACCCUAUCAGUGCUUGGAGUGCGGAAAGAGCUUCAGUCAGAGCGCCCAUCUCACUUUGCAUCAGAGAAUUCAUGCAGGGACAAAACUAUAUGUUUGCUCUGAAUGUGGAAAGAGCUUCAGUGAGAGCGCCCAUCUCACUUCCCAUCAAAAAACUCACCGGCCAAAAUUACAGAAUCGUAGGAUGGUAAAGUUGGAAGUCACCACCAUGGUCAUCUAGUCCAACUCCCUGCAAUGCAGGAAUCUCCACUACAGCAUUCCAUGACAGAUGGACACCCAGUAUCUCCUGAAAAAUCUUCAGUGAAGGAGAGUCCACUACUUUCCACGGUUGUCUGUUUUUCCAAUGGCUCUCUUGUAACUGUAUCAGGAAAAUUAUGAGAUCCAUCUAGCAUGACUAGUUUUUGAGAAUCUCAGUGCUGUGUCUUAAUAAUCACAGCAUUCUUUUUAAUUUCUCACAAGCCAACCAUUUAAUUAUCUGUUCUAGAACCUUUCCUGGUAUCCAUGCCAAGCUUGAGCGUUCAGUAGUUACCUGGGUCUUCUCCCCACACCCUUUUGUAAGAUGAGGACAAUAUUUGGCCUUCUCUAGCCUGCAGGGACCUCAUCUGUUCUCCAGGAAUUCUCAGAGAUUAUAGACAUAGUGUCUGAGAUUCCAUAAGCAAGUUCCUGUAGUCCCCUUGGGUGCAGCCCAUCAGGCCCUGGAGAUUUGAAUUUAUUUAAAGUAGCUAGAUGGUCCUUUACCACCUCUUCCUAUCCUGGGCUGCAGUUAUUCUGUUAACACCGGGUUUGACACAGCUUUCCUUUUGGGUGAAGAAAGAGGCAGAGUGGCUAGUCCGCCUUCUAUCGCGGAAUAGAAAUGCUAUUUUCUGCGUCUUCUCCAUGAAGAGGACCUGCUCCUUCUUGUUCUUCCUCUUGCUUCGAAGAUAGCCGAAGAAACCCUUUGAGAUUUAACCUCUCUUCCAAGCCUGAGCUCAUUUUGAGAUUUGGCCUGCCUGACCUUCUCCCUUCAACACUUGGCUACUGGAGUAUUCUCUUCCUUCUUCGUGAGUUGCCCUUUCUUUCAUUUGUUAUCCAUCCCAUAUCAGAGAAACCAUAUCAGUGUGUGGAAUGUGGAAAGGGUUUCAGACAGAGGGCCUGUCUCGUGGCCCAUGAAAGAAUUCAUACAGGGGACGGGACCAGAUCAAUGGCUGUGUACAAAUUUAAACUUAAGAGACUUGAAUGACUGUGGGUGAGCAUUGCAACAGUGCCAUGUGGCAACCUAGCAAAGAAGCUGACUUUUCUCUCAAAGCUAUAGAGUACACAACCAGUGUCCAGUCUUUCUUCAGACUACAUACUCAGGUCUCGGAGGUGCAGGUCAUGUGUUCAUGGUACUGAAUACCUUCUCCGCAUCCAUCACAUCUGGAAAGAGGGUGAAGAGCAAUAUGGCAACACUGCUGAGAUAGCCCUCGGUGCUGAGCUCUUAAAAGAAGUUGGCAAGUGAUUCGUGUACUUCAGGAACCUCCAAGUUGCAAAUUUGCGGUGCUCCUGACUGCCACUGUUCUCCUUGGCAUACCCAGGAUGGUGGUGGUGCCCCCUUUGAAGCUGUUUCUGGUAUCUGCUGAGCACUCCCAGGUCAUCUGCCAGAAAAGCCAGAAGUUUCAGGCUUUCCUAUGUGAGAAGCUUAAGACAAGGAUUCCCUUGCUGCUGUCUUCCUUCGAUUAUUCAAAGUACAUUCUGAGCGGAUGCCAGGAUUGUACCCCUGAGGAAGAAAGAGUUAUUUGUUCAUUGUACUCAAAGGUGCUUGGGAGCAACACCAAACACAUUUUGUUUUCUUCAGCCAACUCCAGUCCUCAUCUGCACACAUCCAAUACAUGGAUGAAGCCUUAGAUUGAACCCAAAUUCCAAACAUCUCAUCCCAGUGUGGCAGCAUCUGAGACCUUUUCCCAGGCCAUGUGCACAGAGUAACAGAUCUCAACCGGUGGGACAUUUUUGCCUGUGUCUCGCAUCUAUUUCUUGAGCAGGGGACCCUGUUCUGCUUUCCCCCCAGUGUGAACUGAGACUCCGUCGCAACAGACCAGGUAUUUCUGGAAUCACGCCGGGUGCGUGUGUCUCCAAGGCCUUGUAACCCUCUUCCCAUGAACCCCUGAGCUCCAGAGAUUGUCGGUUCUCGCACUCCCCAAAAGUCUUGCUCCUUUUCUCAAGGUUUGGAAACCUCUGCCCAAUGUAUCACUUUUCUUUAUGUGUAUCCAGUCUACCAAUCUUAUCUUACCUGUGGUUCUUUCCCAUCAGCUAUUAUUGAGUGCUAAUGUCUUUAUUGCAACAUUAAAAUAUAUUGCAAAAUA